AUGAUACCAAAUACAACGGAUCCAACGAUGAUACCAGCUAUCUUAGCAUUUGAUAAUCCUGAGUUCGAUUGGCCACAUUUAUCGGGAUCCUGA